GCCUGGGCUGCCCUCCCUUGGCCCAGGUGCCGGAUGUGCUCCCUGACGUUCUACUCGAAGUCGGAGAUGCAGAUCCACUCCAAGUCGCACACCGAGGCCAAGCCCCACAAGUGCCCGCACUGCUCCAAGACCUUCGCCAACAGCUCCUACCUGGCCCAGCACCUCCGUAUCCACUCGGGGGCCAAGCCCUACAGCUGUAACUUCUGUGAGAAGGCCUUCCGCCAGCUCUCCCACCUCCAGCAGCACACCCGGAUCCACGCCAAGAUGCACACGGAGACCACCAAGCCCCACAAGUGCCCGCACUGCUCCAAGACCUUCGCCAACACCUCCUACCUGGCCCAGCACCUCCGUAUCCACUCGGGGGCCAAGCCCUACAACUGUUCCUACUGCCAGAAGGCCUUCCGCCAGCUCUCCCACCUCCAGCAGCACACACGAAUCCACACCGGGGACAGGCCGUACAAAUGUGCACACCCGGGCUGCGAGAAAGCCUUCACACAGCUCUCCAACCUGCAGUCCCACAGGCGGCAGCACAACAAAGAUAAACCCUUCAAGUGCCACAACUGUCACCGGGCGUAUACAGACGCAACCUCGCUGGAGGUGCACCUGUCCACGCACACAGUGAAGCAUGCCAAGGUGUACACCUGCAGCAUCUGCAGCCGGGCAUACACGUCGGAAACGUACCUGAUGAAGCACAUGCGCAAACACAACCCUCCUGAUCUCCAGCAGCAGGUGCAGGCGGCGGCGGCAGCGGCGGCAGUGGCCCAGGCCCAGGCUCAAGCGCAGGCCCAAGCGCAGGCCCAGGCCCAGGCCUCCCAGGCUUCGCAGCAGCCCCAGCAGCAGCCGCCACAGCCUCCGCACUUCCAGUCCCCGGGGGCGGCCCCCCAGGGCGGGGGUGGCGGGGACAGCAACCCCAAUCCCCCGCCCCAGUGCUCCUUCGACCUGACCCCCUAUAAGACGGCAGAGCACCACAAGGACAUCUGCCUCACCGUCACCACCAGCACCAUCCAGGUAGAGCACCUGGCCAGCUCGUAGAGACCUGUGCUGCCGUCCCCCGGGGAGAGGGGAGAGAGGCUCUGGUCCCUUCUUUCUCCAGCUCCUCUUGGUGGGAAAAGUCCUCUUCUUCCUUGACAGGCCACGGCUCCAUCUCCUUGGGCCUCAGGCAUGGCCUUCUCUCACAGGAUACCGUCCUUAUUGUCUCAGCUCCUCUUCCGAAGGAACGUCAGCCCUCCUGAAUGGCAGAGGAGUACUGAGCUGGUCGCGCAAUCCAGCAGCCUCCCGCCUAAGCGUAGCUCUUAACGUUGGGGGUUGGUGCUCGGGAGGGGUUUGCUGUGACCUCAUAGAGACUUUUCCAGCGUGGGCACUUACUCUCUCCUCACCCUCGUAAUCCUCCAAGCUCGGGCUGACAGAGGACUAGAGGCUGGCACUCCCAGACGUCACGGAGGACGAGGCCCUAAAUGCAAGCAGCCUCCUGUUCUGUUCUGGCCUGCGAAAGAACAGAGGUUCCUCCCGUGCCCCUGUCCCUGGGAGCCGUUUUCUUCCCCUCAUGAUCUCACUUCACUUCCUACCUGAUGCUGGAGGGAGGUCUGGGGCGGGUCAGACCCCCCUUUAUUUGUAAAGGGGCAAGGGCCGAGAUGUGGUCCCCAAGGGGCCGGAGAUCCCCAAAAUGGCCGACGGUGGCUUAGAAGCGUGGGUUAUGGUUUUCCUUGGAGCCUCUCCCCUUCUCUGCCAGCCGAGGCCCUGUGCUCAGUCUCCCCGUCCCCAGCCUAAGGAGCUGCGGGUUCUUUAUGAAACCCCACGAUAAGGGGGCUGCAGAGAAGGGAGAGUUCGGGGCAGAUGCAAGGACUGGACUUAGCUCCCUAGGUGCCGCGGUCAGUUGCCGGACACGGAUUUAUAUAUAAAUAUAUAUAUAUAAAUAUAUAUAUACCCACUCAUCACGGCCAUCUUUGUUGUAACCAUUUCUGUGUUUAUAAAUGCAUUAUCUCUGAGAAUUUU